GUGGUAAUGCCAGACUAGCAUAUAGCAUACAUUUGACUUGUUUAGCUGUUUUUAUUCUCUCUGACUGAAUUUAGCUAGUAUUGCUACCUAUGUGGAAUAAAUUACCAAAAUGUUAGUUAAUCAAAAUUGACAUAUGUGAACGACGGGAAACAGCUAGAAGGGGAAACACCUGAAGGCGUCGCCUUUCGCCGCUGUGUGGUGCAGAUUUGCGGGUCUGAAGGAUGAGGAGCGGCGGGGAUGCUGCUGCCUCUGCGCCGCGGAUCUCACACUCGGUAGUCUGAGGGGAAACAACCGCAGCCAUGGCCUCGGACAACUGUCUGUUUGUGUGGUCUGAUCAGUGUGUCAUUGUGUGUCCCCUCUCCCUCCUCCUGCCAGUCCCCCCACAGGCUAUCGGUUUCCUGUCGGCGGUGGGCGUCUUCAUCGUGGCGUUGGCCGUCCUCUUUCUCUUCAUCAACAAGAAGCUGUGUUUCGCACGCGUGGGUGGAAUGCCCUGUCUGGAGCAACAUGGCCGCCGGAAGAAAGGACGGCAGGAAAUCCGCCAGGGCCUCGUGAGCAGCUACGGUGACGAUGACGAUGUUGACGAAGGCAGCAGCUCUUCUGACAGUGAAGCGGAGGUCCUGAAGCAGUUUGAGAUCUCCGUGUCGCGCUCGCAGACUUUUCGUCCCCCAGCAGCAGCAAACAGCAGCGAGCAGCAGCCGCAGCAGACGCAGCUGUCACUGGGCCGACGCCACAAAUUCACCCGCCUGUCGGACCAGGAGGAGGGCAGCACCGAGCCGUCAGACUGUGAAGAAAUGGAGGCCCAGAGCCAGCAGCAGGGGUUCCAGGACCCGCUGUCUGCGGCACUUGAGGAGAGCGAGAGGGGGGCGGCGGCAGCGGCGGCCUCGCCCAACAACCCUCCUGCACCGAAAACCUCAAGCGCCAGGGGCAGUCCCACCCCGAGUAUGAAUCGGCAGGCCGCAGAUGGCAGGGAGGACACGGAGAAGGCUGCGGAUCACAAAAAAAGCCACGCCGCGGACAGCGCCUCCACCUGGAGCCCCGAGCAGGAGCAGCCUCCCCAGGAUGAUGUCUCGCCUCUGCCAACGUGCUCUUCCCCCCGAGCCCCCAUCUCUAAAUGCGGAGACCUGGUCCUGUCUCUGGAGUACCGCCCUGACACGGAGAAGCUGCUGGUCUCUGUGAUUGCGGCCCGGGACAUCCCGGACAAGGCCCGCAGCGGCAUGGACUCGUGGCAGGUGCACAUGGUCCUGCUCCCCUCCAAGAAGCAACGCCACAAGACGGCGGUGCAGAAAGGCUCGCUGCCGCACUUCAACGAAACGUUCCGCUUCUCGCGCCUGGAGGCGUCGGAGCUGCACAUGUCGGCCGUGAGGUUCAGGCUGUAUGCGCUCGGCGCCUCUCGGAUGUCCCGUGAGCGGAUGAUGGGUGAGAAGGUGCUGCGUUUAGGUGGGCUGGACCCGGACGGGGGGACCAUUGAGACAACGCUGGUUCUGGAGCCUCGCAGCAACCUCAAGGUGAAGUGCACACCAUGCCUAAGACAUAGUUAUAGGUGUACCAGCAAACACCCCUCUGGCCCAGACACCUACGGGCGUCUGACUCUGCUGAACUCGGUGGGGCAGGAGAUCUCUCGCUGUAAGACGUCGGUGCGUCGCGGCCAGCCCAACCCCGUCUACAAGGAGAGCUUCGUCUUCCAGGUGGCGCUGUUCCAGCUGUCAGACGUCACGCUGCUGGUCUCCGUCUACAACCGCCGCAGCAUGAAGCGCAAGGAGAUGGUGGGCUGGGUGGCUCUGGGCCAGAACAGCAGCGGCGAGGAGGAGCAGCUCCACUGGCAGGACAUGAAGGAGAGUCGAGGACAGCAGGUCUGCCGCUGGCACGUCCUGCUGGAGGCGUAAGGACGAGAGGGAAGGGAGUUUACGUUUCUUGAGAGGGAUUGAUUUGAUCCGCUGACAGAAUGACGCGUGGGGCUUUGGAGGGCGAUGGAUCGAAGGACUUAGCUUUUGUCAGAGCACACUCGCCACCACCGUAACAUCCAACCUGGCUGCGUAUUUAACGUCAACACGAGGAACAACUGCUUCUGCUUUCAGAGCCUAGCACAAGUUUACACAUAUAUAUUUCUGUUGGUGAAUAGAGAAAGAAGAAAGCCUUCCACAAGGUUAGUUGAGAUCCAAGACCGUUACUACUACAGUUUCUUCGGCAUGUCAAACCUUUUAAAAAGUGAAGGUUUUCCUGCGGAAAUUCACUUUUCAAUAAAAAAAAAAACACGUAGAAGAUCCAUCGGCCUCCAAGAGGAGCUGAGAAUUUGUCCUUCCAGUUGUAGCUUAAAGCAGCUCAGUUAUUAGUCGAGGCCGCUGCAGUUUAGUUUUACAAGUGAAAUGCUGUGUUAGAAAGCACACACAGAUUAGAGGUGUGUGUGUGUGUGUUGGUGUGACUUGUUAUUUCUAAAUCUUGCUUUUACUGGCUGGCAAUUGAAUGAAGACGCAAAGGAAACUGCACAGCGAGACGUUGCAGACAGGAACCAGGAAGAUGCAACGUCCUGAAGAUGUAAUAUUGAAAACGUUAUCGUCCCGUCCUCUCAGAAACAAACAAACUGACAGUGCUGGAAACUAAAUGAUGAUGAUGAUGAUGAUGAUGAUGAUGAUGGUAUCAAACCAACCAGUCCAGUAAGUAAGUAACAUGUGAGUGGUAACGUAUCCCAGUCCUCACACGUGUCCGCCAUCUGUUUCUUCAAGCACAAGUUAUUUAUCACACAGCACUCAUCUGACUGGAGUGUGUGGUCAUUUGUGGACCUUUUAUGGACAUCAGAGAAUGGGACUAGCGUCUCAUGAGUCUGGUUUCCUAUUAGUUUUAAUCUAAUAGAGUCUACACGCUGUAUAACAAAACACAUCUAAUCCAAUCUCCUAGAAACUGCAGCGGUGAGGUUUUUCAUCCAUUAGAGCUUGACUGGAGCUCUUUUAAUGCCAUCAUUUCAUUGUGUUUCACUCUUCUUUCGCUAUGGUUUUAAUGGCACCUGCUGGAGGAUUAGGCCUACACCCAUAUACUGUUAAACUCAAUGCGCCAACUGCAUAUAUUCUCAGUAUUGGAUUGAGAUGUGCAUACAUUUGCAUUUUCCUUUGCUGAUUUUUUUAUAUCUCUGAAAUGUGGUUCAGAUUUGAGCUUCAGUUGGAUGAAAACCUCACUAGCAUUGGUGUCACCACUGGAGGAUUACUUGGCCAUGAAACCCUGAGAAGGAAACAAACAGAGUAGAAGUGAAGAUGUUUAAGGAUUCAAGUGGAGGAGGAAGGCGUCUCAUUCAUAUUCUUCCGACCAGUGUGCUACUACAGGCAGGAAGUAGCAGCAGCUGGAGUCUCUUUACCCCGUCGGGGUGAGAGCAUCUCUUCCCUGAUUGAUGUUAUUUGGCCUGGUCUCCAUCUCAUCACAGGGCAAAGCUCAUUUCAACACCCAUCAACGCUGAGCUGAAAAAGAGGCUUUAAAUAUCUCGCUGCAGCUGUUAAUAACAUGCAGUGAAUUACCCUGGAAGAGGUUGUUUUUCCGGCCCCAAACACACUCGCUCGGUGGUAAUUGGUAGUACCAGCUGUAGAAUGGUGUACGGUGUGAUGACGCUAAUGCCGCUGAGCAUCGUUGAUUCAUAAGGCAGCAGUUCAGCCCGGAAAAGGGGGGAUUACAUUUGUUUGUGUAGACAGAUACUGUAGCUCCAAACCCCUCUGGGGAAGGGGGGGGGGUCACACACUGAGAGCAGGAGAUGUGUUUUUCUUCACGCAGGUGACAACAAAGCUCUCUUUAGAAAUGAUGAAGUGCAGCUCAGUUUGAUUGGAGGAAGCAAAUAAUUAGUC